UCCUGCGUCGCCGUGGCGACGGGAAAACUCUGCUGUUGUGUUGAAGAGGAUUUGUUUCUCAGCUCAAGUGUGAUUGACAGGUGAGGAUGGACGCUGCUGUGAGACACAGACGAGGACGAGGACGCUCGUUUCUGCCUGAAUUAACGACGACGACCACCAACAUCAGCAACAGGAACAGGAAGUGGAGAUCAGGUGAUCAACACAGGAUGAAGAACGUGGAUGAAUUCCCUCAGAUCAGCUCGAAAGAAGAAAUUGCCACGUUCAGGAACAGCCAGAAACAGAGUGUGUGUGUGAAGAUGCUGCAGGAAGGUUUUCACAGGUCGUUCUCUGAGCUCUUCUCUCUGCUUCAGGUGGAGCAGCAGAAGAGGGCGGAGUCUGAUCCAGGAUCAGCUCAGCAGCUUCAGCCAGAGAAACUGGAGACGAUGAGGCUUCACCUGUGCCGGGCCGAGCAAGCUGAGCGCAGCGGUUCCUGGUCUGUGGUGUGUGAGCAGCGUCUGGUCCUGGGUCAGUACUUCUCAGCGCCGGAGGACCGGUCCCUGAGUUUGCACUUCCUCCGCAGCUGUGCAGGAGGAGAGCGAGCGGGGAACUGCAGGGCAGCCGCCGAGGCCCGGGCCUGUGUGGCUGAGCUGUACCUGCAGCAAGGAGAGCUGGAGCAGGCGAGGCAGCAGGCAGAGCAGUGCCUCAGACAGACUGAAGGGGGCAGCAGCUGGUCGGACUCGACCGGGCGACUCCUGCAGAUGCGGGUGCGCGGGACGUUGUGGAGAAUCUACGACCGACUCGCUGACGCGCCACUGGAGGCCCGGAACUACACUGACGCCCUGCGGCUGCUGCACAGGAGCCACCCGUGUAGCCCACAGGGAGUGCAGACACUGUGUUCUAAUCCAAAUUGA